GCUCCAAGUUUUAAAGCCUCUAUAAAUAUCUGAGGUUGUCUCCAUUUACAAAAAAAAACCAUUUUUCCUUAUGGCUGCUGCUUCUUCUCUCCUUUCUAUGGAAAACGGCAGAGGCACCAGACAGGAUAUGGGUGUUUCUGUUAACUGGGGACAACACCAAAGAACAUCUCUUGAAGAUCUUGAGAUCCCGAAGUUCAAAUCUUUCGCGCCUUCUUCUCUCGCAAUCUCUCCAUCUCUCGUCUCUCCUUCCAGUUUCAGCCCCUCUGUUUUGCUCGACUCCCCUGCCUUUUUUUCCUCUUCUGCUAACAUUCUUGCCUCUCCGACAACGGGAGCUCUCAUCACGAAUGGCAGUAACCAGAAAGGAAGACAGGAGGAAGAGAAGAAGAACAACAACGACUUCUUUGGCUUCUCCUUCCAGACCCAACCAGUAGCAUCUUCUGCUGCGGCAAAAACAGAAACCGCUUCAUCGUCUUCCUCUUCUCUCUUUCCCUCCACAAUCUUUGUCUCGCAGGAACAACACCAGCAAGAGUUGUGGAACUCCAUCAAGCCCGAGACCGAAACUGGCGCAGCUCAACCGGUGGGUCAUUACAGUGGAAGGGACCAAAGGAAAGCAGAGGACGGAUACAACUGGAGGAAGUACGGACAGAAACAGAUGAAAGGAAGCGAGAAACCUCGGAGUUACUACAAGUGCACUUACCCAAACUGCCCCACGAAGAAGAAAGUGGAGACUUGUUUGGAUGGCCAGAUCACUGAGAUCGUUUACAAGGGAAGCCAUAACCAUCCGAAGCCUCAGUCCACCCGACGAUCAUUUCAUUCCACCAAAUUCGAUUCAUCCGAUAAGCCCAUUAGCAGCAGCAGUUUUCAUCAGACAGGUUCCUAUGGGAUCCAACAAGAAGACAACACUUCCGGGUCUGUUGGAGAUGAAGAGUUUGAGCUUGGCUCACCUGUUUUCAGCCAAGAAGAAGAUUGCAGCAUCGAACCUGAAGCAAAGAGAUGGAAGGGAGAGACUGAAACCGAUGGUGUAAUUGGUAACACAAGCAGGACAGUGAGAGAGCCAAGAAUUGUUGUGCAGACAACAAGCGACAUAGACAUUCUUGACGACGGCUACAGAUGGCGAAAGUACGGGCAGAAGGUCGUCAAGGGAAACCCUAAUCCGAGGAGCUACUAUAAGUGCACCACCAUCGGAUGCCCUGUGAGGAAACAUGUGGAAAGAGCAUCUCAUGACAUGAGAGCAGUCAUCACAACCUACGAAGGGAAACACAACCAUGAUGUCCCAGCGCCACGUGGCAGCGGCUACUCCUCGAACAGAACACUCUCCGACUCCAACGGCAUGGCCCCUGUCCCCAUUAGACCAGCCGCCGUUGCUGGACACUCGAGUCACAGUGUUUCUCAGCCGCCAUACACACUUGAGAUGGUGCGGAACCCACAUGCAAAGGAAGAACCGAAUGAUGUCUCCUUCUUUGAUUAUUUUUUAUCAUGAAAAAAAAGCUUUCUUUUUUAUUUUUUGUACUGUUCAUUCCUGCAAAAGGGUUGGUAUCGAUCUUCUUGCAGCAGCUUGGAAAGAUUAGUCGUAGGGCGAUUCUUUCAUUUGUUCUUGAGCUCGGCACACUUGCACUAUGUUGUUUUGUACCAUGUAAACUAUACAAUAAAAAAACUUAAUAAAAUUAAUCAGCUUUCAUUA